CAGUUUAUAAUAAGGACCCAGAAAAGAAAAAAAGUUGUCGAGUGAACGAGACUGAAAGAGAGAGAGAGGGGGAGAAAAAAAAACGGAACCCUUCCCACUCUCCAAAAAUCACGGGGAGUGACUGUGACAAGAGGAAGGGGACAGAAAGAGAGAGAAUAGCGGCAGCAGCAGAAGAAGAAGAAGACCUCUGAGGGCUUCAUCACAUGUCUUUAAGGACUGCACGGACCGGAACGGACCAUUAAACUGGACUGAUAAUCAAUAGCGGUGAUCAGUAGCGGAGUGAGAACCGUUGCGGGAGACUCUUAGAGGAGCAUGCGGCUCGGUUUACUAUUCAGGCUCUAUGUGCUGUGGGGCUUUGUGGUGGUCGCGACCUCAGUGACCAAGGCUGCCAAAAGGAAGGUGGCAGGCCGACGGUCCAGACAGGCGUUUGAGGCGGAGCCUGUGGAGGGUGUGUGGUCUGUUUGGGGGGAGUGGUCAGAAUGCUCUCAAACUUGCGGCGUUGGAAUCUCACAGAGGAGCAGGAAGUGUUUACCUCCUCCACCUCCACAGUCCCCUCCCCUCUCCCACUCCCCACCUAACUGGGCGGGAUAUCUGCCUGGGGGCAUUGGAGGUCCUGCCAUCUCACCUGUGCACCCCUACUACCCUCCUCGUUACCCCGGACAGCACCCACCUUAUCACUCCCCACCAUUGUCCGCCAAUCACAACCCAGGAUUGUCUCUGUAUCGAAAUACCCCCGCAGGGGGAGGAGGAGGAGCUCCUGUUCCUAGACAGGCCAAUCCAUCUCCCCCUUUUUACCAGUCAGAAUUCUCCUCAACCAAUCAGGACCUUGUGUCUGUUUACCGAUCACCCUAUAACCCUCCUCCACAUGGUUACAACCAGCCGGCACGGAUCAUCAGGAGACCGACCAAUCCAGGAGCGGUGAGGGGUGGAGGAGGUGGGAGCAGAAGGUCGGUCUCCACCAAUCGGGAGGGUUUGCCAGCGAGGAGAUCUAACACCAUCCGUCCGGGUCAGUUUGGGUACGGCAGGGUCCCCUUCUCUUUACCUCUGCACCGCCCAAACCGACAGGCUCGCCACACGGUUAACGGUACUGACGCUGCAACACCAGCACCUGGAGUAGUCGUGAAUGAAGAUGAAGCCGAGAACAACAGGGGAGAGCAAGUGGAGAGGGGGAGUGAUGGAGAAGACAGGGAGAAAGUGAGGAGAGAGGAGGAAGAGAGGAAUGUAGAGCAGGAGAGCACGGAGUCACCUGCUGCUGAGGAGGUGCCCACAACGACCACAACAACUAGCAAACCGCACCGCCAUGUUGACAGACCCUCACACACCCUUACAGAGCAUUCAAGGUGGAGAGAGCGAGUCCCAUCCUCUCAGUCCUUCUCACGCUCCUCAUCACCAUCUGUAUACAACCGCCAACGGUUUGACUGGCACUCCGUCACCGCUCCACCUCCUCCCAUCUCUCCUCUCUCGCGCCCAAACUCCCCUGCCAUUGCUUCGCCUUUUUCCCCUCCUCUCCACCGCCCCGGCCCCAUGCACAGAGACAGGGAGCUCCACCCGGGCUUCAGCCCGCAGGCCCCACCCGCCGGGAAUAUCUACCCUCUACAACACCCCCACAUCCCGCACCUGGGCGUCGAAUCAGGCAGGGACGGAGUACGAGGAGCUCCUCAGGUCUACAGAUGCUCUGGCCCAGAGAAGGAGUACCGCAGGUGCUUCUCACAGGUGUGUGGAGGAGGUGCGUUGGACUCCAGAGCAGAGCAGUGUGCAGCAUUUAACACCCAGGAGUUCAUGGGUCGCCUCUACAACUGGGAACCCUUCACUGAGGUUGGUGCGGACAAGCAGUGCGAGCUGACCUGCAGACCUGCCAGCUAUCGUUUCUACGUCCGUCAGGCUGAGCGUGUCAGAGAUGGGACUCCCUGCUUCAAUGUCAGCUCAAAUGACGUGUGUGUGGAAGGACGCUGUCUGACCGAGGGCUGCGAUGGAAUACUGGGCUCCGGCUCUGUGAUUGACAAGUGUGGAGUAUGUGGUGGGCGGGAAACCUCCUGUCGAAAGGUGACGGGAAGCUUCCAAAAUCUCACGGUUCCCCUUGGUUACCACAAAAUCCUGGACAUCCCACCCGGAGCUACGUUCAUUAACAUCACGGAGAGAAAAGCAAGCCCUAACUACCUGGCCAUGAGGAGUGGCACAGGGGCUUCAGUGGUGAAUGGGCGUUGGGCUGUGGACCCUCCAGGGGAGUACCAAGCAGGGGGGACUACCUUCACCUACACCCGACCUAGAGCGCAGAUGGAGGGGGAGGAAGAGAAAGGAGAGUCCCUGAAAGCCCCAGGACCCACCACCACACAGCUACAACUAUAUAUCAUUUUCCACAAGGAGAACCCUGGCAUCGACUAUGAGUUUUACAUCCCAAUGGAGAAGAAGGAGGGAGAGAGGGAGAGGCUGACGGAGAGAGAGAGGGAGACAGCCAGAGAGAGGCCAAGGGAGCGAGAGCCGGCGAGGGCACCCCUUCGUGGUCCUCUCACUGUGUCAGUAGAAGACCCUCCUCCUGCUCCUCUCCCUGUUUCUGUCCCUUCUUUCUCCUCUUCGUCCUCCUCUUCGUCCUCCUCCUCCUCCUCCUCCUCCUCCUCCUCCUCCUCCUCCUCCUCCUCUGUGUUUUCUCCCCCAUCCUCAGACCGGUGGACGCCUGACAGAUUGCGCACUAGAGGAUCUGCACCUAACAGAAACGCUCGGAUCCCCCCUCGCACUGACCUGCCACCUGACACUGAGCCACCUUUUGUUUGGAAACAAGGCGGACUCACAGAGUGUUCUGCUUCCUGUGGCAAAGGUUCUCAGUAUAGAGUGAUUCUGUGUAUAAACCGUCACACAGAUGAGGAAGUCCCGGAGAGAAAGUGUGACUCUGCUGCCAAACCUGUUCCUGAGGAGGAGCCUUGUAACACACAAGCCUGCCCACCAUACUGGGAGGCCAGUGCAUGGUCAGAGUGCAGUGUGUCCUGUGGCCCCGGGGUGCAGCAGAGGCAGCUCCAGUGCAGGCAGAGCUUUGGGAGCCGUUCCACCAUGGUCCACCCACAGCACUGUGCCAACCUCACCGCACCAGAGUCCACGCAGGCCUGCCAGCUCCGCCUCUGCUCCCACUGGGAGGUCAGCUCAGACUGGAGCACGUGCUCAGUCGACUGUGGAGUAGGAAGAAGGACAAGGAGUGUGCGUUGUGUCAGCGAUAAAGGCAACGUGGUGAAUGACAAGGAGUGCAACUCCAGGCUCCGUCCACAGGGAAGUGAGGAGUGCAACAUGGGGCCCUGUGUAACCAACUGGUACUUCACUGACUGGUCCAGUACUUGCUCGGCACAGUGUGGCCCCGGGGUGCAGAGGAGAGAGGUGGUGUGUCUGACUCGAGGAGGGGUCAGAGAGGGUACAGGAGGAGGGGACUGUGUUGGGGAAAAACCAGCAGAGAUGAAGGCCUGUAAUGGGGGCCCCUGUGUGCCAAUAGCCAUGUGGUACAGCAGCCCCUGGACACAGUGUAACGUCCCAUGUGGACAAGGAUCUCAGCGACGAGACAUCAUUUGUGUCCAGAAGAUGGGGAAUGAUUUUACUGUUGCACCAGCCAAUGAGUGUGCUCAUCUGGACAAGCCUGCCGCGGUCCAGGAGUGUGACAUGGGAGAAUGUCAGCCACAGUGGUUCACAACAGAGUGGAGUGCGUGCUCACGUUCUUGUGGAAAAGGCUUACAGAUGAGGGAGGUACGGUGCCUAACGCCAGACAAAAAGCACAGCCCUGAAUGUGAUCCCGACACCAAACCAGAACAGGAGCAAAUCUGCAACACAAUACCCUGCAGUCCACAAGUCCCAGAUGAGAACUGCAAAGAUAGACGUCAUAACUGUGUGAUGGUGGUGCAGGCCAGACUGUGUGUCUACUCCUACUACAAGACCGCCUGCUGUGCUUCGUGUGCUCAGAGUGCUCAGCGUGCUAAGAGGCAAUGACCUGCCAAGCACAGACAGCCCAGGUGUGCAGUAAGUCAAGGAUUAGGUCAAAAGGGCUGAUCACCUCUUAAAUGACAAGUCUGUAGAAAUGGACAGCCCAGAGUAGAUGUGUGAUGUUCAGAUACCGUUCAGCUAUUUUCACCUGAUUUUUCAGGUAAAACACUGUGAAAGCAGCCGGUUCCUUUUACCAGUUCUCUGUAUACAAUUUUACAAUGUCUCUUAGAACCACAUAUUCUACUGAGCUUAUUUCUGUUUACUUUGUGCAUUAGCUUUAACAGGUUCAUAAUGUGUCACACAGGGCUGAGCAAUGCAUUUGCUGUGAUUUCCACACUUGAAGGCAUUUCUGUGACUGAGAGAAGAUAAUGGAAGGUCCUCACUGAGGACACAGCUGUGGUUUAACAGCAUUUUUAGCCUUUGUUAAGAUUCCUCCUAAUCUACAGGAUCGCAAUACAGAUGUAGUCAGACAUGCAUACCACUAAUUAUGUGCUGAACAAAUAAUUACCAUGUGUGCUAGAUAAAGUGUGUAUACUGUAGAUCUGUGUUGCUGAAGAUCUACUGGAAUAGAUCUAUUUUGUUUCUAUUUGCUGCAAAUGUCCCCCACUGAACUACAGUGGCUACUCCCAACUAAGCUAGAAGGAUUUGAUUUACAUACUGUAUGUCUCUUUUUCUCUUUGCCAAAAAUAUUUCCUCAAGUGUCCUCUUAUUGUUCACUUCAGUAUUUGGACAGAUGAACCAAAGGAGUGGGGUGACCAUGGCAGUAAGUGACCAAAUAAAUUAUAUCAGAGCAGGAAGUCGAAGGUGAGAGGCUUCCCGAAUAUAUAAUAAGGAUAAUAAGGAUAUUAGACAGGACGCUCACUAAAUAAGAAUUUUUUACAAAUUAAAUUAUCAGGUGAUAAGACUGGUGUUGGUUGGUUGUGGUAUAUUUUUCUUCUUGUCCAUAAAUCACAUGAAAAGACCAAAACCAUCAAUGCGUGUCUCUGCCCUAAGUCCACUUGUUCCCACUGAAGAUUUUUUUAAAGAUUAGUAAUUUUCUGAAACAAAUGUGCUCAGUGGUCUUUAGCAAAUCUCACUCAAACUGGAGUAAAUUGUGCAUUUGUUUGGGGCAUUUUUCUGCUGUGGAAUAACACACACUGAGCAUUUAUGACACCAGGACAGUGCAUGUGAGAUUCUUUCAAAAUAAUCUACAGUGCAUGUGUUCAUUAUAAUGAAGGAAUAUGUCACUCAGUGCAAUAUUGUGGUUCAGUUUUGUUUUUAAUAUUUUUUUUGACAACAAGUUAGUUUCUAGUUUCAAUUCAUUUUUAAUUUGGUCUUUUCAUGGGAUUUGUUGACAAUAAGAAAGAUAUAGAAUAAAGCCCAUAAUAACCAUGAACUUGGUGACGCACAGGUUUGGCGAUGUAAAAUGAUCUCUCCUGACUUAGCUUUUUCAUUUUUCAUUUUGAUGAACACACAGCACCAUGACGAUUGGGCUGAGCUCUUAAAAAACACAUCUUAAUGUCCUCCCUGUCUCCUCACCUCAUCUCAGUACAUCCUCUCCAUCAUCUCCUUCUUGGGAGGGGAGGAUGAAUCUGUCCUCUGAGAAUAGGUGAAGCCAGAAUUAAGAAAGACCUUAUGAAGACUGAGAAAGUUUACAGUCGUCUUUUAAUAAGUUCAGUUAUGAUGUAGAUCUAAUGCAACCAUUCUGCUUUGACCUGAAAGCAAAUAUUUUGCAUAUCGAAGUGGCAACCUCUGUAUAUGUGUGUAAGUACUCUUUCUGACUGUCUCUUUUCUUCCUUUUCCUACACCUCCCACCAAGAAACAUAUAGUCACACUCUGCCCACUCAGAGGUGAGGAGGAGUCUGUAUAUUUGUCAGAUAUGUUUUAAUGUCUAUAAUUUCUUUUGAACAUAGUAGGCGCUUAUGUUUUAUAACUAAGUAAGAGUUAUCAGAAGUGUUGUUGUAGACUGCAUUUAUUCACAUCUAAUUGUCAUAUAACUGUUGUAUUCUCCAUUCAACAAGUACACGUGAGUUGCGGAUGUGUGUGAUAUGUAUGUGUGUGUGCAUGCACGUGAGUAUGGUUAUGUGUUUUGAGAUCGUGGCUUUGAAUGCAUCAUUCUUGUCUCUAAUCCCUCAUAGAAAAAAUUACAGUUUAUAUAAAAACAAAAAAGGAUAGUAAUUUAUCUAUUAUCUAAAUAACAUGUAAUUUAUUUUCAGUUUCAAGAGGCUGUAGCAAUUUUCUUUUGUUACCACCAGAGUUUAUGAGAUUGUUAUUAUUGAUACAUGGACAGAUUUUUUUUAUUAUCAUGCAAAAAACAAAAACAGUGUGGAAAAAUUAUUGAAUGAUAAACCAUUUUAAAUAAAACUGAAAGAACAGA